GGAUGAAACCCAGGAUAGGCCAUGUGGGCCCUGAGGUCCCCAGGGGGCUGUGCCUUGGCCCCAGCCCAUGCAGGGCCCUUCUGCUAUUAUUGCUGCUGGGCCUGGAUGUGGGUGCCCAGGACCUUCUGCCUCCAACAGCAGCACCAUGGAGCAGGGACCCAGGCCCCAGAGCCCGGGCAGGAAGCAGCCUCUCUAUCCUACGGAACCUGUGGGGCAGGUUCCCACUCCAGCCUGGCCCUCAAGGGGCAGGCCCUAGAUGCUGGCCUCAUGGGUUUUGGUCUGAGCCUCAGUCACCAUGGUUUGUCUUUGGUGGUGGAACCCAACUCACUGUCCUAGGUCAGGCCAAGGCUGCUCCCUUGGUCACUCUGUUCCCACCCUCCUAUGAGGAGCUCCAGGUCAACAAAGCCACACUGGUGUGUCUGAUGAAUGACUUCUACCCAGGCAUUCUGAUGGUAGCCUGGAAGGCCAAUGGCACCACAAUUACCCAGGGCGUGGAGACCACCCAGCCCUCCAAACAGAGCAAUAACAAGUACAUGGCCAGCAGCUAUCUGACUGUGACACCUGACCAGUGGAAAUCUCGUGGCACAUACACCUGCCAGGUCACUCAUGAAGGGAGCACCGUGGAGAAGAGUGUGUCUUCUGAAAAGUGUUCUUAGGUCUCCAACCCUCACUCCAUAUGCAGAGACCUGGAACUGAAGAACCCUGGGGAGGGUUCUCCUCUCCUAUCCUUAACCAUCCCAGUCCCUUUCCCUGCAACAAACAAAUGCUCAAUAAAAUGUUCCA